UUCUAAACAGAGAAAGUCGAUCUCAGGUGGCCAGUCAGGAAUCCCAGAUGGUUCUAAACAAAAAACGUCGAUGUCAGGUGGCCAGUCAGUGAUCCCGGAUGGUUCUAAAGAACAAAAGCCAAUCUCAGGUGGCCAGGCAGUGAUCCCAGAUGGUUUUAAAGAAGAAAAGCUGUUCUCAGGUGGCCAGUCAGUGAUCCCGGAUGGUUCUAAAGAACAAAAGCCAAUCUCAGGUGGCCAGGCAGUGAUCCCAGAUGGUUUUAAAGAAGAAAAGCUGUUCUCAGGUGGCCAGUCAGUGAUCCCGGAUGGUUCUAAAGAACAAAAGCCAAUCUCAGGUGGCCAGUCAGUGAUCCUAGAUGGUUUUAAAGAACAAAAGCCAAUCUCAGGUGGCCAGGCAGUGAUCCAAAAUAGUUCUAAACAAAAAACAUCGAUCUCAGGUGGCCAGGCAGUGAUACCAGAUGGUUCUAAACAAAAAACGUCGAUCUCAGGUGGCCAGGCAGUGAUACCAGAUGGUUCUAAACAGAGAAAGUCGAUCUCAGGUGGCCAGUCAGGAAUCCCAGAUGGUUCUAAACAAAAAACGUCGAUGUCAGGUGGCCAGUCAGUGAUCCCGGAUGGUUCUAAAGAACAAAAGCCAAUCUCAGGUGGCCAGGCAGUGAUCCCAGAUGGUUUUAAAGAAGAAAAGCUGUUCUCAGGUGGCCAGUCAGUGAUCCCGGAUGGUUCUAAAGAACAAAAGCCAAUCUCAGGUGGCCAGGCAGUGAUCCCAGAUGGUUUUAAAGAAGAAAAGCUGUUCUCAGGUGGCCAGUCAGUGAUCCCGGAUGGUUCUAAAGAACAAAAGCCAAUCUCAGGUGGCCAGGCAGUGAUCCCAGAUGGUUUUAAAGAAGAAAAGCUGUUCUCAGGUGGCCAGUCAGUGAUCCCGGAUGGUUCUAAAGAACAAAAGCCAAUCUCAGGUGGCCAGGCAGUGAUCCCAGAUGGUUUUAAAGAAGAAAAGCUGUUCUCAGGUGGCCAGUCAGUGAUCCCGGAUGGUUCUAAAGAACAAAAGCCAAUCUCAGGUGGCCAGGCAGUGAUCCCAGAUGGUUUUAAAGAAGAAAAGCUGUUCUCAGGUGGCCAGUCAGUGAUCCCGGAUGGUUCUAAAGAACAAAAGCCAAUCUCAGGUGGCCAGUCAGUGAUCCCAGAUGGUUUUAAAGAAGAAAAGCUGUUCUCAGGUGGCCAGGCAGUGAUCCAAAAUAGUGGCCAGUCAGUGAUCCCAGAUGGCUCUAAAGAAGAAAAGUCGAUCUUGGAUGGUUCUGAAGAAAAAAUGUCAAUCUCAGAUGGUCAGUGGGAGAUCCCAGAUGGUUCUUCAGAAGUAAUACUGAUAACAGAUAGCCAGUUGGAGAUCUCAGGUGGUUCUAAAGAAGAAAAGCCGAUAUCAGAUGAUUCUGAAGAAGAAACGUCAAUCUCAGAUGGUUCUGAAGACGAAACGUCAAGCUCAGACGGUUCUGAACAUGAAAUGGCGACCUCAGAUGGUUCUGAAGAAGAAAUGUCAAUCUCUGAUGGUCUAGCUUUGCUAGAGUCGGACAGAAAACCCGUGAAUCUUCGCAAGUGUCGCAAGUGUCGGAUAGUCAAUUCCUGA